AUGCCUGCAUCUCAGAACCCGUACACUCGAUGGACCAAUAUUCCCGACGCUGAGCUCACCGCGGACGACGUCGAGCAGGUACUCAAACCCUUGACCGACGACGUCUGGGUUGUCGCCGCUUGUUUCGACCGCCUCGUUGACGAUGUCCCGCUGCAGCGAGAACUCCUGGACCUCGGCCUGCAGCGGAGCGAGGGAGCUCUAGGGAGAAGUCGGGAGGCUGCCCUCUUUAACUCCCAGCCAUCCACCGCCGAAGACACCCUCCCUGUUUCCUCCGCAGAUGCUUUGGCAGCACACUUCCGGGGCGUGCCUGCUGAUGCCAGGCUCUGCUGGAUGCGCUCGGUAUUACUGGAUAGACUGGACAGGUUGAACACCUAUGAGGAAAUUCUCAAGACGGCACCUCUUGGAGGCCGUGAUGCGAGUGAAGAAGCGGACGACUGGGAAGACGACCCUUGGGCGGAUGAAGGAGGCUCGUCUGCCGCCGGACAGCCAUCUGCUUCUGCCACGCCUCAAUUUCCCAUCUCACCUUCCGAAUUUCUGUCAGAUGAUUUGUGGCAGUCAGCCAUAUCCUUAACGACGCUUCAGUGGCUCGAGGCCUCACGCACGCUUCUUCAAAGACAUUCGGCCAAGCUCUGGAAAUACCGUUUCUCAAUAUUACAUUGUAUACCGGCUCAUCUUCAUCCCACCGAGUACCGCGAUUGGUUGCCUGAGAUCGACCCCACCACUGAUGGUGAACGACUUCCUGUGGAAAAUAAUUGGAGGGCAUGCCAAGAUUGGUCGGAAUCGCCAGAAGCGCAGCUAGCAUUAACCGAAUGCCCUCAUGUCUCGUUCCCAGAACUCUCCUUCUCUCAGGAUGGUGACCACGAACCCCACACCCAUCCCGAACCGCUCUCAUCUGAUGAACUUUCCUCGUGGUACAAGCGUCGAGUGGAUCACAUCAUCUCAUCCACAGGGAUGAUCGAUGUAGCCUUGGCUAUAGUACAACAUGGGGCCUCGCGGGGCGUCCCCGCAUUGGAUGAGCUAGGAGAAGAGCUGAGCCUUCUAUCGCGACUUGUAUACGAUGCACCUCAGAACGCCCAAUCUGAUGAUGAUUGGACGUUAGCACGAUGGCGGACCAUGGACUCAUCUACCGUCAUACGAUCAUACCUGAAAAACAGCACGCCGGAAUCUAUUGCUGAAGACAUCUCCCGACUAGUAUUGCCAUAUCUAUUUGUAAUUGAAGCGCGUGCUGAAAGGGCAGGCAAUCCCGAUCCAUCACUACCGACCCGUAUCCUUUAUGACUACAUUCUUUCUGCACCUCUCUCACUUGUUGCUUCGAUUUUCGAGGCGUCUAAGCCAACACUUCCUGUAUCUCAACGUCUUAUUCGUAAUGACGAAGACGUCGCUCGCCUGGCCUUGGCCUGUCUAUAUGGCUGCGGGAGUCUUGACGAGUGGCCGACAAUGAGCCGUAUCUUUGAAUGCAUGCCCGCUUGGGAUAUCGCACAAGACGAAGAUAACGAUGGAGACACGGCUGACACGACCAUUGCAUUGCUUAGCGCUUUUGUAACCCCCACGACCUCCCGUGCACAAUGUACGCCAGCCGACUUGCUUGUAUUCUUUAAACCUCUUCCCAUCGCUUCCCUCUCUCGUGCCUUGGACAUCCUUGACAUCCAUCUCGAGUCUGGUGAAAUACUCUCCCGAUGGAGCGUUCCCGCCCCGUUGCGCUGGUUCCUACAAAGCCACAACGAUGCUUCGCAACAACGGGCUUGGGCGACACGAAUGGCAAGGCGGGCGGGAGGUACUUCUGACAAGUUGGAUACAUUGGACGACUGGGAAUGGCUGCUUGAAGACAUGCUAAAACUCACCAACGAGGGAGAAUCUGGGCUUCGCGGUUCCUUUGGCCUUCUCCCCAGGAAUGAGGUCAUCGGCAUAUUCCUUGGUGGUUUAUUGAGCUCAGGAAAACUCGACAUAGCCCAGUCGCUGUUGAAGGUACUACGAACGAAACUCUCGUUAGAGUCUCAGACCAUCGAAGAUAUCUGCUUGACGUGUUCGCGCGAAUUCUACGACAAUGCCAGUUCUGGGAAUUACAAGUUCGGUGAUAUGAAGUUAGCCUACGAUUGUCUCGACUUGCCUCCCCCUUCGCCCCGGAUUAUCCAAGAAAAGGAAUUCAUCGAAGCAACUUCUCGGCUUGCAUCAUUCAACAUCACGUCUCGCCCUGGAAUCCCCAUCUCGCCUAUCGAAAUACGCCUCACCAAGGAUCGCCUAUCUCUCGUUGCCCAAGUAUUGUCCAGUAACGCCGACGCAUACAAACACACUGAGGUUAUUUUGGAGCUCGUCCGCAAGCUUGGGUUCCGUGAUGAUACGGUCGCCGAAGUGAGGACCCUUGCCAUGCUGGCGGAUAGCGCUCUUCAGGGAGAAGACUUCACCAGGGCGUACGAUGCUAAUAAGCGGAUGAUCGACAUCGUUCACAACUUUAUUGAAUCUGCGCCACUCGGUAAGGAAGACGUCCAAGUGAAACAGGCGUUGGAAGUGUGCUGGGUUGCGUGCUAUCAGCUAGGCCGACAGCCCGAGUUCGACGACGUGGAGAAAAAGUUGUCCUUGCUUGGGUAUGCUUUGGAGCUAUGCCCCAGGGACAAGCUGCAUGACAUACUAAUUUCAUGGCGUCGAUUGGAGACGGAAGACAUCGAGGCGCGUCAAGAGCGACUAGAGAUGCGCCGCAACGACCCAACCACAGUUUCGGCGAAACGUAAACCAGCAGCGACUGUGUCGUCAUAUCCAGCGGCGUCUCUGCGGGCAAGAUUGCAGCAUUUCCAUAUGCCAACACCACCCCUUCUCAGCACGCCCGACGCCGCAGCCCUCGCAACGAGGACAUUCAGAAGUGUUGCUGCCAACUUCCCGUUCUCUGUAGGUAGCCGCGGACGUUCCCAAGCCUCGCAUCUCGAUGACGCCGCAAGCUCGCGUAGCGGGAGUAGGAGACCAGAGGGAGAUGAUGUGUCCGCCCAAGCGUCACGAGUCUUGUCGAAGGGCAUUGGUUGGCUUAUCGGGGACGAAUGA